CCGGUGCGUGUGUGACUUGACGGUGUGCGGGGAGCGGAGCGGUAACCAGAGCGCAGCGUCGAGGAGCGCGCUGCUGUGUCCAGUCACUGCGUCUACUGCGGCUGGAGCGGCGUGAGAGCGGCGAGAGAGCGGCGAGCGCGCGUCACCAGCAGCCCACAGUGCCCCUCUACCCCCCCCCGCGCUGCCCCCCUCCCGUUCUCCCGACCCCUCCUCCAGCGCCGAGCCGCGUUCCGAGCGCGCAGGGCAGGAUAGAGGAGCAGCGCGCAGCCGGGGGACGAGACACGGGCAUGACGCAGCCGACGCGCGGAUCGCUGUCAGGAGGAACACCGCGUUAAAGCAGCUUUUGGAUUAUCUGAGGGGGAUUAUACCUUCCAGUGGUGGAUCUGGGCGAGGGAGCGGCGCGUGCUGGAGGUACAAGCGGGCCGGUGAUGCAGCAGAGGCGGAGCGGGCACAGGCAGUGAGUCCGGGAGCAGGUGGAGGGCCAGACCGUCGCUCCCCAGCCGCCGCUCCGCCCCAGUCCAGCUGCAUAGGCGCUAGUCCGGACCAGUUUGACCCGAGCCAGAUGCGACGUGACGGUUCCAGCGCUCGCGUAGAGUAGGCACCCCGUGUGACAGCGCGUUUCGUGUUGCAGGUUUGGCUCUGCACCUAAACAUACGGUAGGAGCAUGGGUCUACCCCGAGAAGAGAUGACUCUAAAUAUAGAUAUAGGCAAUAUUUAGUAUGAAGUAGCCUCUGUAGCUUAGUUACUACGAGUGAGUUGUUGAUAGAAUAAGGUAGAGGCAGUGCAUGGGUCAUUCCAUGUCACUGUGUUAGAAUGUUACGAUAUUUUAAGACAAGUAUAAGACUAAAAUAUAUAUAAGUAAUCUAUAGUCAUAGUAGUACUCAGUUAUACAAGUUAGUUUUAGAUAGGAGCCCCAGUAUAAAGUUAAACAGUACAUUUUCUUUGUAUGUUACUAUAACGUGCAAUUGCCUAUAUUUGUGAACCUUAUGUCAUCUCUGUCACAUAACACCUGCGUUAUUCAAUAUACUUUUUAAUCAAAAUAAGGCUGAAUUUGCUUCUGCAUACAAAGAUAGGCACAUUAUUUGACUGGAAUUACAUUACAUAGGCUGAAAACUUGAAUUAGAAGUGAAAGUCAUACGUGAAUACAUGGAAACGUCAUCUCCGUCACCUGGUACACUGAUUAUUGAACUUUGUGGAUAUUUUUAUUUUUUAUUUUUCAUCGAGCAUUCCUAAAUAUUGCAUUAUGUUAAAGCCAAAACUACAUACAAGAUAAAGUUUACAACGUUAAGUCUUAUGUGAAUAGGCAGGAACGUCAACUCUGUCGCCUGGAUCAUACGUUAUUGGAUCUAUUUUCUGGACUUGGAUCUGCAAAUUUUUGCUAAAAUUGACUUAUCAAAAAAAUAAAAAUAAAAAUUGCUUUCUGCUUGAAACUCGUUGUGAAGUUUAGAAUGUUGAGUCAUAUCUGAAUACCUGGUUACAUCAUCUCUGUCACCUGGAUCAUAUGUUAUUGGAUAUAUUCUGGACUUGGACCUUCUAGUUUUGAAGUUUUGAUUUUUGCCUGCGCACUUGUUACUGAAUCUCAUCAUAGACUAAAACGUAGAAUGUCGAGUCAUUUCUGAACACCUGGUUACGUCAUCUCCGUCUCGUGGAGCGUGCCUACCACCCAUACCCCGUGGACGUCACCAUGUUACCGGGCGUGGGCGUGUUCGGCACCAGCCUGACGGCGCGGGUGAUCGUGCCGCUGCUGCAGAAGGAGGGCUUCAGCGUGCGGGCGCUGUGGGGGCGGAGUCAGGAGGAGGCGGAGGAGUUGGCGCAGGAGAUGGGCGUGGCCUUCUACACCAGUCGCAUCGACGACGUUCUGCUGCACCAGGACGUGGACCUGGUCUGCAUCAACCUGCCCCCUCCCCUCACACGCCAGAUCGCCGUCAAGACCCUCGGUAUUGGCAAGAACGUGAUCUGCGACCGCACCGCCACCCCGCUCGACGCCUUCAGGAUGAUGUCAGCGGCACAGUAUUACCCCAAACUGCUGAGCAUCAUGGGAAACGUGCUGCGCUUCCUGCCCGCCUUCGUACGCAUGAAGGAGCUGGUGGAGGAGGGAUACGUGGGCGAGCUGCUGGUGUGCGAGGCUCAGGUGCACAGUGGGAGCCUGCUGGGUAAGAAAUACAACUGGAGCUGUGACGACCUGAUGGGAGGAGGCGGCCUGCACUCGGUGGGCAGUUACAUCAUCGACCUCUUGACCUUUCUGACCGGUCAGCGUGCCAUCAAGGUCCACGGCUUCCUCAAGACCUUCGUCAAGCAGACCGCCCACAUCCGCGGCAUCCGCCAGAUCACCAGUGAUGACUUCUGCACCUUCCAAAUGGCGCUGGAGGGCGGAGCCUGUUGCACGGUAACGCUGAACUUCAACGUCCCUGGAGAGUUUCGCCAAGAGGUCAUUGUUGUAGGAACGGUCGGUCGGCUAACAGUGACCGGCACCGACUUGUACGGACAGAAGAACGUGGGCGGACCUGAACUUUUGCUCAAAGACUCCACGCCUCUGGAAAAGUCUGCACUACCGGAGAAGGCGUUCAGCGAUAUUCCCACGCCGUAUCUGAUCGGGACAAUUCGGAUGAUCCAAGCGGUCCGGGAGGCAUUCCAGGACCAGGAUGAUCGUAGGACGUGGGAUGGGAGGCCUCUGACUAUGGCAGCGACGUUUGAGGACUGCCUGUAUGCUCUGUGCGUGGUGGACACCAUCAAGAAGUCCAAUCAAAGCGGAGAGUGGCAGAGCAUCGCGGUGAUGACGGAAGAGCCUGAGGUCAGCCCGGCGUACCUGAUCAGUGAGGCCAUGAGGCGCAGUCGCAUGUCACUCUACUGUUAGCACUGCACUGGACUGAAGGGGAGACAAACCACAGGAACCAGAGGAGAUGUUUGGCUGUUCACACCUGGAGCUAGCAAUGUUUCUGGAGUGAUUUAAAGAGAACAAUGCAGUGCUUUUCAUACCAAGUUCAAUUUCGACAGACACAUGUAAAACUGCAUUACUUAAAGGUGCUUUUGUGUAACUGUUCUAAUGGAGGGUCUGCCACCACCUCUCCAUGUAUUCAGGGCUUUCAGACAAAUGGUUCCUUCCUGAUUUGAAGGACUUUGGAACUUUCUAAAUUCUGACUAUUUUGUCCAAGGGCGGGGCUUAGUGUUCCAUGUCAAAACAAAAGCUAAACUGCAGUGUGCUGUGUGCUCCCGGGAGAGAGUGUUGACUUCUUAAUCAGCAGAUGGAAUUGCAGAUCAUUUUAAGAUAAUAAUGUUCAGUGACAUUUUGAGAUCAGUUAAACACAGUCAAGAUCUUUAAUUAUUUAUCAUUUUCUUUUGUGUAAACAUUACAGCUCAGUUUUGCCCAGACCCAGGUAAACAGAUUUUACCAAAAACCUGAAAUUUGCCUGUUCCUAAACCUAAACCUAACCCUAAUCCUAACCUGAACCUUAACCUGAUGUGAAAACAUAUAAGACGAAAAUCAACACAGCAGUGUAAUCAUUAAUGCAAAGUUGAUGUUGAUUGGUUUAACUUUGUUUUUGGUACAGUUUUAGGUCUAAAUUCUUCUUUGUUUUGUCAAAAGUCUGUUUUUAGCCUUGGCAGCUCAGGUGAAUAGGAAAACACUGUUUAAAGUUGGUUGUCAUGGUUGCAAUAGAAUGUUAAGUCCCGCCCCCGGACAAAAUGUCAUGUUUUUAGGGAGUCCCGAGGACCUUUCCCCAUUCAAAAGAGAUAAUCUUUUGACUUGAAUUGCUUAAUUGCUCUGACUGCGGUGGACUGUUGCCAUAGCCUUGACUAACCCAUGAAUAUACUGUUGGUGCUUUACACAUUCUAGAAUGUGACGUCAUGGGGCAGGGGGUGAGAGACAGUUUUACACAUUGAUUACACUCUACUUUGUGUGAAAUAUCCACAAGCUUAAAACAAGAAAAAAAAAGUGUUUUAACUAUAUUUAGUUUAACUUUUCCCAGGCGGAUUAAAUAUUAUUGGCCAAUAGAAUAUUAAGUUGUUAUCUGAAUUUUUUUUCCUUCUUUUGUGUUUCAGAGAACAUCCCAACAUUCUACUGACAAAUAAUAUUUAAUACAAAUGGGGGCGGUUCAAAUUCAGGCAGUUCAAAUGCAGAUUUGGGAUGUUGUACACUGAGGUCAUGGGUUUAGUCACUAAUAAAAAUGAUCAGGUUCAACUCUUGUCCCCGAAUGUGAGAAUGACAUCAUCACUUUCUACAAUCUGAAAACCACCAGUUGUUUCGCGUUAAACCUGUCUGACUUUAAGAAGUGACACCACCAGGCCAAGUUACUAGUCAGAUCUGUGGAGAGGUGACCCCAUUCUUUGUAAGAGUGCAUGUUUUUGCAAGAUAAGGACUAAUAUGCUAUGCUUGGACGUUCAAACACCACUGGACCAUCAGCAGCUGAAAUCCGUCUCUUUAAAGUACACACAGGCACUUUAUUCUGUCCUGUUUCCAGACUUGUUAACUUCAGGUGUGAAUGCAAGUUUAACCAAAAUAGUGAAACAGAAGAAAAAAAAGAUUGAAUUAAAAAGUGACACCAUCUCUCCAUCACAUGCUGCCUCUCGCACAGACUCAGAGCUGUCCUGUAGAACUGCACUGAAAGGAUACUACUGCUGCACCCCGUUCAAACGCAUGGACCUGUCUGGACCAAUGGCUGCUGUUCGCUGGGACGUUUACACUGAGUUAUGAACCAAUGGCUGCUGUCCUUACUGUGAUGUCAGACUGCUGUAUAUGUCUGUGCAGAUGAGAGAGGAUGGGAGGGGCGCGGGUGAUACUGGGUAAAUUAUUGUAUUGUUUUUUGUAAUUAUGAGUAUAUUUGAUCUUGGUUAUUGCUUUUUAAAGUAUUUUGAGCGAUGGUGUCCAAGUAAUUUUACUUCCCAAAAACGUUUUUAAACAUCUGAAAAAAGUUAUUUCAGAUUUAUGUUCUAAUGUAGUUUCCUCCUCACAAACAGACCUGGAGUUGUGUUUUGUUUCAUUCACACGUAUUUAACUACAGAAGCCGACAGGGGUCACAACAAACGCAAACGCUGCAACAAAUACAAAUGCGACAACACAACAAAAAGCCACAACACACCAAAAAAAGCCACAACGGAAAUGACAGCGGGACUCUAUUUUAAUGCAAACGCCGCAACAAAUACAAACGCCACAACACAAACACAAAUGCGACAACACAUUACAAAGUCACAACACAUUAAAAAGCCACAACGGAAGUGACGGCGGGACUCUAUUUUCAGACGGACCGAUCAAGCAGCAAGUGAAGAAGAAGAACUACAACAUGAAACGAAUAAUGAUAAAACAAUAAAUUACUUUUACUUGCAUUUCCAACUUCUCCGUUCCUUUACUUUUCACAUUGUAGUUCUUCUUCUUCACUUGCCGCUUGAUCGGUCUGUCGGAAAAUAGAGUCCCGCAGUCACUUCCAUUGUAGCUUUUUAAUGUGUUGUUGCAUUUGCGUUUGUGUUGUGGUGUUUGUAUUUGUUGCGGUGUUUGCAUUAAAAUAGAGUCCCGCGGUCAUUUCCGUUGUGGCUUUUUUUGUUGUGUUGUGGCUUUAUGUUGUGUUGUCGUAUUUGUGUUUGUGGCGGCGUUUGCCUUUGUUGUGACCCCUCUCAGCUUCCGUAUUGAACACACAAACCCUGCACAUUAAGAUGAGUUCUUCUCUGAAACAGAAAACACUCUGCUCCACCUUGUGAUGUCAUGUGGUGAUACAGGAAGUGCUCCGUUGUGCUUUUAUAUUUCAUACACAUUCACUAAAAUCAUUUGGAUGAUUUCAGAGCUGGAAUUGGCAAUCACUACUGAAAUAAAGGUACAAUUAACUGUCAACUUAAAAACUCUCAAUACAUGACAUCACAAGGUGGAACAGCAUUUUGAGCUUUGGAAAUGUAGACAGACGUGUGAAUGAAGCAAACACAACUUCAGGUAUAUUUUUAACAAGGUAGUAACAUUUUAACAUGACUUAAAGCUCACAAGAGUCAGUUUUGUCUUAUGUAGGACCUCUUAUUUCUCUGACUUUUUCUAUUUAUUUCUGGCAAAGUGGAAAUUAGUGCUAAAAUGGUGUGGAGUUUGCAUGUUCUUCCUGUGUCUGGGUGGGUUUACACUUUCAUCAAUAUGCCAAUCCUCCAGCCAGGUGCUCCUAACCUCACCAAGAUCUGGGCCUGGAGAUGGGUCCCCAGCAUAGGAUGGGUCAAACGCAGAGGUCAAAUUUCAAACUUCUGCUCUAUGUGGCUUCACCGGCGACACACUCGACUGGAGCCGUUAGAAUCAUCCACAUGCACACAAUCGAAUGGUCUGAUAUUUCUGCCGCUCUAAUGUAACUGAUCCGUGUGGUAUAAAAAUAGUGUCACAACAGCUCAAGUAAGCUUCCCUCAGAUCGAUAACUGUGAAAGAACAUCCCUGGCCCCGCCCCUGUCCAUAUUUGGACACAUCCUCUCUCUAUGUGAUGUACUUCUAUCUGUGUAUCUGCGUCUGGACUACUGCUCCUGUACAUGUGAACAUAUGAUCUACUGCAAGUGUACAUACUGUAUGAACAUAUGAUGUACUGAAUGUGUAUCCGUCUGUGUGUUUGUGCUGUGGCCUGGGACUUGUUAUUUAUUUGAAUAAAGUGACUAGGAAACGACA